AUGAACGCUCGCUUUUCUCGCCCCUCCAGAAUCACCGAAAGGCUGUGCGACCUGAAACGGGGGAGGCGGCGGGGGAUGAAGUCCAAGGGAAAGGCUGUGAAACCCUCCAGGAGGUCCUGGUCUGACCCGGAGCCCGAGCUGGAGCUGGAGCUCGAGCACGGGCACGAGCCGGACACGGAGCCGGGCUCCAGCGAGCAGGAGGGCUCGGAGGCUUCGGAGGCCUCGAUCCGGAUCGGCGGCUCCUGGAGGGGCUCCCUGCGGAGCGGGGCCGGGAGGCGGCAGGGCGCGGCGGGCGGGGGCCGCCGGCGCCGGGUGCACGGCUCCGGCGCCAAAGAGCGCAGCGUCCGGCGCCUGGAGAGCAACGAGCGCGAGCGCCAGCGCAUGCACAAGCUCAACAACGCCUUCCAGGCGCUGCGCGAGGCCAUCCCGCACGUCAACACGGACAAGAAACUCUCCAAGAUCGAGACUCUCACCCUGGCGAAGAACUACAUCAAGGCGCUGACCACCAUCAUCCUGGACAUGUCGGGGGCCUGCCUGCCCGCGGGCCAGGUGCCCCCGGAGGCCAGCGCCGCCAGGCUGCUCCAGUGCUACCAGCAGCACCUGGAGGAGGAGGGGGAGGCCGGGCUCACCCAGUACCUCACCCACAUGCAGAGCUUCAGCCAGGAGAGCUGA